GCUAAGAAACCACACGCACUGAAGCUAGGCACCGUUUGAUUCCGGCGAGAAGCAAAGCACGUAGUACGCGAGACAUGGCGAGCAAGCAAAGAUCGUCGCCGGCCAAAGCCGCGGCGGCAGAUUGUGAUCCGGUGUACGAGUGGGUCAUCGGCGACGGAAGCUAUCUUCUCCGCCUCACCCUCCCAGGGUUCAAGAAAGAGGAUUUCCGGGUGCACGUCGACCCCAGCGGCCGGCUGACCAUCAUCGUCGGCCACCGCCCCGUUGAUGGCGUAGCCGGGACCGUGCGGCUGCACAAGGUGUUCCAGCUGCCACACACGUCCGACCUCGACGGGAUCACCGGCCGGUACGACGGCAGCGCUCUCAUGCUCACCGUGCCCAAGCUACCAUCCAGCGCGGUACCACCACCGGAGACGCCCAUGGAACAGGUCAAAGAGGCCGCGGCCGAUGUCGCCGACAAGCCAACGGAUAAAAAAUGCAGGGUUGGACGGGAGGCGGAGCGGCUGAUCGAGGCGGCGAGGGCGAGGUUGCAGGGGAGGCAGAAGGAGGAGGCGGCGACGAAGGAGCAAACUGCAGCGAGCAGCAAGAAGUCGCCUGCCAGAGAAGUGGACGGAAGGAAAGAGGAGCCCAAACCGGAGGCGCCGGCGACGCCGGCUGAGAAGGUGAUGAAACAAGAAGAUGAUCACGACGAGAAGGCCAAGGCCGCUGAACACAAGGCGAAGCUCGAUCGUGAGGCGGAGCAGAGGAUCGAGGCGGCCAGGGCGAGGCUGUAUGCCGCGGAGAGAGAGGCGGAGAGGGAGAGGGAGCAGAAUGGCUGCUGGAAUUGGAAGGAGCGGGCGACGGAGGAGGGCCUCAAGUGGGCGGAGACCAUCGGCAAUAACAAGGAGGUGAUCGCCACCGCCGUGGCCGCCUUCACGUUAGGCUUCUUCGUCUCCCACAGGAUCUUCUCCAGGAGCUGAAUAAUCAUCUCACAUGAAUGUCAGUACAGCGUACGCUCGUGCCGCCGUGCGUGCGUUCAUGCACACAUGGACGUACAUAGAUGGCGGGAUACAUUAAAGCUUCAACUGUGUAUUCGUGUAUAUACAUACGACGUGUGAUAUUUGGUAUU